UUCUUUCUCUUUAUUUUUGAUUCAAGACAAUGAACCUUCUUUUUCUUAAAUGCUUUUUUUUUGUUUUAAGGGAAUGCAAUGGACGUCAUGAAGUUGUUCGUGUUGUCAAUGAUUUCUAUGCAGGCCUUUAUCUACAUUUAUACCAGAUUUGGAAAGGACAGGGUAAAACUAUAUCAGACUCAGGCUUUGUUAUCAAAGAUAUUGAAACGAAAGCAAAGAAAUCUCCAAGAGAUGUGUUCAGGAAGUUAGAUGAAUAUUUGAACAAGAAGACUGUUGUGACAGCAGAGAAGUCUAUUGACAUAGGGGGAGAAAACUUUGUCAAUGUCUGUGAUGACGGAAAAUGACAAUCCAUGUCAUAUUUACUGUUGAAAAUGUUUGUCAAUAGUUGGCAAUGACGUUUCUAUUCCACCUAGUAUACAGUUCUCUUAGGAAGGACCAUGGCAUUAAUGUUUGGUCAAUUAUCUAUCUUUGAAAGUUGUGAUGUUCAAAUUAAAUCAAAUUCAUGUCAAAGACAUUUCUUAGCUUCUGAAUAUCUGCUAUAUCAAAUAUCUAUAAUUAUACCAUGAUGAUUCAUGACAUUCAAAUGCCAUGUUGAAAUAUCUAAUAUUGUACACCAUGACAUAUCUGUCUUAUAGAAUAUCUGUCUUUGAACCAUAGCAUUUCUGCUAUGGUCAGCGAACAGCAUGGAUCCUGAUCAGACUGCGCGGAUGCGCAGGCUGGUCUGGAUCCAUGCUGGUCGCAAACGCACUAUGUUGGUUUUGUCAUGACGUGGCUCAUUUGUUAAAAAAAGUCAU